AUGUCAGAUAUUUUAAAAGAAGCUAAUCAUUGGCUUGAUUUGGACUUUACUUCUCCAGUAGCAAAACUCAAAAGAAUUAAAACUUAUGCUUAUUCAUGUCUUGAACAGAAAGUACAAAACACAACUAGUAUAAUGAGAAUUACAGAUUUUUCUGCUUCAAAUGGAUGGUUGGAGAAAUUCAAAAAAUAUAAUAAUUUAAAAUCUCAAAUAAGAUUGGGUAAGGUGAAAGAAGCUGCUAAAUUAGAUUUAAUUUCUAUAUGUAAUGAUUUAUGA